AUGCUACUACGAACACUUGUAUUAAGGAGGAGGUUCUUUCAAUCUUUUGCAGCAUUGCUGAACUCAUCAAACCUACCAGCUCUUCACCCCACCUUCGACAUUGAGAAAAUCCAAGAUCUCCCAUUCAAUGACAAAAUAUCCUUACUGUGGAAACAACUUAUCCCUUACAAAGUCAAACUCAACAAAGAGGAAACGCCAGUUCUUUUCCUUCAUGGAUUGUUUGGCUCCAAAUUGAGCUUCAAUAAAGUGGGCCGAUUGUUUAGUGAAGUAACCAAGGUCCCUACUUUUGCAGUUGACUUGCGCAACCAUGGUGAAUCACCUCACGUAUUGCCAUUUUCCUAUACUCAAAUGGCCCAGGAUGUGUUUCAUUUCAUCAAGGAACGCAAAUGGGACAAGUGUAUACUUGUUGGACACUCAAUGGGGGCUAAAGUAGCCAUGUUGGUAAGUUUGUUAUACCCAGAUCUCGUUUCGAAAUUGGUUGUUAUUGACAACACUCCACAUUCGAUGCCAUUAGACCCCCAUUACAGGUCGGAUGUAUUAGGUAUGUGCGAAGUCGAAGUGCAUCCGGAACUAUACAAGAAGGGUUCGAAUGGAAGAAGAGUCACCGAAGUUAAACCGAUAAGCAAGUUUCUUUCCCGGUAUGAAAAGAGUCCACUUGUUCGACUGUUAUUGAUGAGUAAUUUGCUUUUAACUCAUAAGGAUAUUGCCAAUCCCCAUGUAAAAAAUCGCUUGAAAGAAGUAUUUCGAAUUCCGGUGAUGAAUUUUUGGAAACAUGAUAUCAUUAAAACCGUUGAGUCAUGGCCAGAUUUACCUCCAGAUUUUGAAAAAUUCACUCAUCCUACUUUGGCCAUGUACGGGAACCAAUCACCAUUUGUGAAACCAGAAUACUUUCCUGUAUUUGAAGAAUAUUUUACUGAUUUAAAAUUCCGAGAGUUUAAUUGCGGACACUGGAUAUCGCAUGAUUUGCCAGGGGAGUUUGUUAACGAAUUAGUAAAGUUCAUUGCACCUCCUUGGGAAAGAGGAGAAAAACAUGAGAAAGUGAUUAGAAGACCAAAGAAGAAGCCUAGACCCCCUAGACCGGGGCGUUACCCACCAGGGCUAGAUCUAGAAUAG